AUGAAAACAGGAGAUAUUAGCAGAUUUGCAAUUUUACUGCUUUUUGGAGUUUUUUUCUCUGCUUUGGAUGCUACAGAAAGUCGUUUGGAGCCUUUAAAAGAAAACUUAUCAACAAGAACAAUUGGAGAUGGAAUAUUUAAUGAUGAUUUGACUAGAAGUUCUAAAUUGGUUAUAACAGGUGAUGGAGAAAUUGAUAAGAACACUUCUGGUAAUAAUUCUUCAACGAUAGACCAGGAGGAUUCUUCUAAGAAAUUAAAGAAGCGUGGAAGAACAAAAAUCAAUUCUUUACUACCAAAUACAGAAUAUUGUAUAGAGGAGUUAGGCAAGUUGUUGGAUUUUAAUUCAAUUGUAUCUUCUUCAUGUGGAGUUGAUGCUUUAAAAAAGGUUGGAGGUUGGCUAAGUAAGCAUAAAAAUUCUCUUCCAUAUUGGCCUUCAGUAAGCUUACCAGCUCCAAAGAAUCUUAUAACUUUCUAUGGCUGUGAUUGGACGAUUUGUGAGAGGGAGGUUGAGAACCAGAUUGACCAAAAACUCAAGAAACUACAUUUACCAGUUAAACAAAUUGGAAAUGCCAGUCAAUCAGAUACUCGUAGUUAUGAUAGGGCUAAAAGAGCCAUAGAUAUUCAAAUUAGAAACGGAAAUAUGUCAAGAGGGGAACUGAUUAACUCUAUAAGUAUUUGGUGGUGUCAAAAAGCUCUUCCUCAGUUAAUUACUGAUAAAGAAACGGCCUACCAUUCAAUUUUCAAUGAGUUCAAUAUUCAUUUUGAUCAACAAUCUACAGAAAGUGGAGAAAGUUCUGAUAGCAAUGUUUCAAAUAUAGAAAGCUCAAAUACCAGCUUAACUGCUGUAGAAGGCCAAGAAUUAAGUGAUGAGAAAUCUGAUGUAUCAACAUUAGUCUCCAAAGAUCAUGUUGGAGCUAAUAAAGACUUUUACAAAUAUCCCAAUAGAUUAGUUUUUCUCAAAACUGCAUUGGAAGAACCCAUGGAGUGUUAUGCAAUAGAACCAGAAAAAGACCAUGAGGCUACAAAAGAUGAACUCAGGGAAAUUUUGGAUAGUGAAAGAAAUAGACUAGAGUCAAAUCUAGCCUUUGUUUUACAGAUCAGAACAUCAAUUUGGCGUUCGAACAAAGCAUUUUCCCCCUUAGGAAAAAGUACCAAUUCAGUACAAAGACUUAUUAGUACUAUGAGAAUAUACACAGAGGAAAUACGCAGAGACUUAUUUAAGUUAUUCCCAAUUUUUGAUUCAAAUUCUGAAACUGUUCAACUUCCUCCACAUGAAGAUCUUGUUAUACUUUUAUCAGAGAUUUGCCGUAUUCAAUCGAUUACAGAUGCAAUUUCUUUGGUUGUAAUCAGACUUCUCCGCAGAAACAAGAUUUCAAAGAUAGCUUCAGAAGAUGCAGAGCACUUGUUAAUGAACUGGAUGUUUGCAGAUAUGAAUAUUAAAAAGUCCCUUAUUCCUGUUACCAAACCUAUGGUUACAAAGAAAAGCAGUCCUUUGUUUAUAGAAAGAGCUAAGCGAAUGAAAAUUAAUGCAUCCAGAAUCACCAAGUUUAUGAAUAAUAUUGCUGACAAAGAUUAG